GCUUUGAUCAUGUACCGGCAGGGUCAGGACUGUUUAGGGUGAUAACUUCCCCAUAUUCCUGACCUUUCGUAUCGCUGCAUCGGAUUACGGUCUAAAAUAUUGUCGGUUGUUUCCCCUUUUAAAAACUCGUUGUUAUCUUAAUUAAAAAAUACUACAUCGAUGUGUCAUAAAGCAAUUAAAAUAAUAAGAUUUGAUGGUUAAAUGACCGUGAUAUAGACAACGCCUAUAAAUGUUUUUCGAUAAAACGAUUUUUUUGUUUGUCACCGCUGCCGGUUUAUUUGUUACGCUAAAUUCCGCUAGAAUCGAAAAACAACAACGAAAAAAAUGCCUAAUAAACAUAAUAAAACAAAGUGAUGUCAAACAGUAUGGUAUUGUAUAAAUUCGUCUCGACAAGGUACUGGUAUUCGAGAAAGUCCAGUAAACGAGGUGUUUCGUUGAGUUGCCUGGUAUCCUUCGAUGCCGAUGGCGGCUACUAUUCGGCAAUGCCGCCCGCAGCCAUGAGGCUUCAGCAAGAGGACAAUCAAUCGCCAAUAGGAGGCCCUCAAUUGAUCACACUCGAAACAAACAAUAACAAGGUAACCGGCUCCGAGCUGGAGCUGCUAGCAAAACUGGAAGAGGCCAAUCGGCUCUACGAGUCCGACGCCAAGUCGCUCAAUUCGUUGAGCGGCGCGUCGGCGACGUCUGGACAUUCGCGCAAGAGUUCCGAUACGUCUCAGAUAUCUUUAACCUCCGGGACCAGUUCGACGCAAGAACGGCCCGAAGAUGGAGGCGAGGAGGACUUAUGGGUCACGUGGGGACACAUAGUUAACGAUUGGGAGAAUAACUGGAAGAAACAAAAUACUCAAAUACGGGAAUUGGUCCGCAGGGGCAUACCCCUACAUUUCAGAGCGAUAGUGUGGCAGCUGCUUUGCAGGGCUACCGAUUCCCCCGAGAAGAAAUUAUACGCCGAAUACAUAAAAACGAAAUCGCCAUGCGAAAAAGUCAUUCGACGAGACAUAGCGCGAACCUAUCCGGAACACGAAUUUUUCAAAGAAAAAGACGGCCACGGUCAAGAAUCGCUCUUCAAUGUGAUCAAGGCGUAUUCUCUGCACGACAGAGAGGUUGGAUACUGUCAAGGUUCCGGUUUUAUAGUGGGAUUACUCUUGAUGCAGAUGCCAGAAGAAGAAGCGUUCGCUGUGCUCGUCAGAAUCAUGGAGGACUAUCGAAUGCGGGAUAUGUUUAAACCCAGCAUGGCUGAACUCGGUCUUUGUAUGUAUCAACUAGAAAAUCUUGUUUCCGAGCACUUACCUGAUCUCAAUCAGCAUUUUCAAUCUCAAAAUUUUCACACUUCGAUGUACGCCUCGAGUUGGUUCUUGACUUUGUUUACCACCGCUCUCUCGCUACCCCUCGCCUGCAGGAUAAUGGACGUUUUUCUCUCCGAAGGAAUGGAAAUUAUUUUCAAGGUGGCGCUUGCCAUGUUGAUGCUGGGUAAAGAGGAGUUAAUGUCUUUGGAUAUGGAGGGAAUGUUGAAGUAUUUUCAAAAAGAACUUCCCACGCAUGCUGAAAGCGACCCAGAUUCAUUGAUGAACACAGCGUACGAAGUGAAGUAUAAUGCAAAGAAAAUGAAGAAAUUGGAAAAAGAAUACAUUGUGAUUAAAACUAAGGAACAGGAAGAAAUGGCAGAAUUGAAGAGAUUACGUCAGGAAAAUAAACAGUUGAGGCAUCGUUGCGAGAUGUUAGAGGAGGAGAGUAAAGCAUUAGCUGAUAGACUAGUCAAAGGGCAAGUGAGUCGAGCCGAAGAGGAAGAAACGACUUUUGUGGUGCAGCGAGAAUUGGACGCCUUGAGACAUACGCAUUUAGAGACCACUCAUCAUCUUGCUUUGGCCAACGAAAGGAUUAAGGCUUUGUCGCUAAUGAUGGAAGAAACGCACACUUCGCGUCAAUCUUCUAUAGAAGAGAUCACCAUAAAACAAGAACAGCUCCAGCAACGAGAAGAGAUGAUAGAAUGCCUUCAAGAAGAAUUGGUCAAAGUGAGGUUACGGGAAGCCGAAAACGACGCUUUGAUACGCGACCUACGAUCUAGAAUACACGAGCUAGAAGAGGAUAAGAAAACGUUGAGAGAAAUAACCCCGGAUAAUAGCGUGGCUCAUCUUCAAGAAGAAUUGAUAGCCGUGAAAUUGAGAGAAGCUGAAGCUAAUCUAUCGUUGAAAGAUCUCAGACAUCGAGUUUCCGAGUUGAGUGACCAGUGGCAGAAACACCUACAGGACCAUAAACUGGACCCGCCUCCACCGCCAGAUCCUUUAAGUACACCCAAAAAGCUUCUGUUCGGAAAAUUGGGUCACAACGAAACUCUAAAGUUAGAAGAAGAGCUUAUGACGACGAGAAUAAGAGAGAUGGAAACCUUAACGGAAGUAAAGGAGCUGAGGUUAAAGGUUAUGGAACUAGAAACGCAGGUCCAAGUUAGUACGAAUCAACUUAGAAGACAAGACGAGGAGAUGAAGAAGCAUCUAGAGCAAAUCGAAUUAGCCGAAACUAGAGACAAAGAAGCCGCCGCCCGAUUGCUGGAAGAGCAAAGGAGAUACGCGGAUCUCGAAACUAAGAUGAAAGACGAACUGAUGAGGGCCAAAAUCAGCGAUGCAGAGAAAACGCAAGCCGUUGCUGAACUUAUGCAGAAAAUGAGUCAACUGGAAAUGAAGAGCCAAGAAAUAGCCACUGAAGGAGAGCUAAGAAUUCAUUCUGUAGAAGCUAGCGAUAAGGUUAGAGAUCUUCAAGAUAAAGUAGCCGAUCUCCAAGCAGAGGUUUUCCGGUUGGAACGUACCAAAGGAGUGUUCCCGAGCGGUCGCUUAUCAGGAGACAGGUCCUCCUCGAUCGACAGCACAGACGAAGACUCCAGGUUAGUCUUGGACGAUCCCACUCUGCGACUAACCAUCAUGGAUUCUCCGACAUCGAACACGGAACCCAAUUUUAGCGAAUUAACCAAAUCGAUCACAUCAAAACCCAACAGAUUAGAUUUAGAGUCGAGUACGAAUGCGCACACAAACUUAGAUGUAAAUAGUAGCGAUAAUAACGUGCCACAAGUGUGACGAAACGGAGAAAAUUAGUAUUUUUUCCGUCGGAAUUUUUGCUAGUGAUUAAAUUUUUUCUACUUAUCUCCUAUCGAGAAACUCGUAUCACACUGGAGGCGGAGGUUAUUUUUCAUUUGCAGGCAAAUGAAUGGUUUUUAGAUUUGUCAUAUUGGGAUAUAACGAUAUUGCCUAAAUAGUUGACCUUUCGUAAAUAUUGUUUUUCUUCAUUGUAGUUUAUGAACGGUCAUAAUCCGGCUCGAAAGACCAUGUAAACUAUUUAAAUCAUUAUAUUAUCUUUCGCUGUUGAUUUACCGGAUUGGUAAUUUAUCAUGUUGGAAAUAUUAUGACAAAUUUGGUAAUUAUCUUUUUUAGAUCGAUGUGUGGAUACGUUUGAAGCAGUUGAAGCGCUGUAGUAUUUGAGGAAAGUUGGUAUUUAACGUAGUAUGAUUCGAGAAGACUUUAGAAAAAGAAAAUUAAAAUUACAUAUUAUUGGUAAAACGAAUGAUCAAAAUAUUUACUACCCUUUGGGUUAUGUUAGGGGUAAAUUGUAAAAUACCCUUUUCGAUUGUGAUUCCAUAAGUUAGUCGAAAAUUUUAUUUAUAAAAGAAAUUGAAAGAAAUAUUAAAAUUUCUAAUUGUGAUUAAAUAAAUAAUAUUAAUAUUAUACAUAUUUUACAUUGAAUUGCACAAUACACAUUAUAUUUAUUUCUAUCUUUAAAUGGUAUAAAAAAAGUAUUUCUAAUUUUUAAGAUUUCUCAUGCAUUUUCAUUU